AAAGGACCAAUAGGGUAUAUCGUGAACUGCCCUACAGCCGGGUUUCGCCAAGAGCCAAAUAUCCUUCUCGUGUUCUCCGCCUCGUAUUGACCUAGCAAACUGCUUACAUCGAGCCCGAUUAUGUAAAAUUGCCACCGACGACGGCCUGACCCUAACAGCAUCAUGUGAGUUCAGUCUCCUGGCUGGCAGGUAAUAUAUAAUUCAACCUCGUCUCUCACGAGUCCAAAUCGUUUCUGUUCCGCAUCCAGCUUCUUCAAUCACGAUCAACUCGCACGCAACUCUCAACCAAGAUCUACUCUUAAAUCACCGUCAGCACAAUCAGCUAUCCAACAUGUUCUUCAAGACCUUCGCCGCCGCCUCGCUCCUCCUCGGAGCAACCAAUGCCUUGCCCCAGGCGGAAGGACCGCUUGCGUCUGAUGCCAAGUUUUCGCUGAUGGCUCUCCGGUCCGCCAGCGAGGUGCACUUUGCUGGUUUCAAGGCCGCCAAGAGCAGCAUCUUCCUGAACCUGCCGAGCCAGGGCGCGUCUUGCGAUGCUGGCGAUGCCGAAACUGCCACCUUCUACCUCAAAGACGGCGGUCUCUACCUAUACGCCGCCUCCGCGACACCCCAGCAGCUAUAUGCCGAUCGUUCCGGAAUGGGCCAAGGCAAGCUCGGCUACACGACCGGUGCACAGCCCGCUCCCACAAACGCGGAGAGGACUGGCUUCGCUCUCGACGAGAACAAUAACCUGACUCUGGAUGGCGCUAGCUUCCUCGCCUGCCCUAACAGCAUCGACGGCGCUUGGAGCGUGUGGGUUUCGGCCGGCGUCGAACAACCCGCCGGAAACCAGGGUUGCCUCGGAAUUUCCGCUCGUGCCGUCAAUGCUCCCAACCCUAACGGCUGCGUCUACACUGAGUAAAGAGUUGGAUGAUGGAACCUCCACCUUCGAGGCUUUUGUAAUUACGACUUAAUCCUGGGUGCUGUAUGCUGGGCCAUCCUAGCCGCCAAAAUGUUGCUGGCGUCGCGAUCAGCUCGUGGAUACCUACAUACUGUACCUUAAUCUUCUAGUUCUGCAGCUGCGAUACUCACAAUAAUAUCAGAAAGUCUUCAUCUUUCAAUGCCAU